AUGCUGUUAUUAAUAUUCUUUUAGAUAGUGUUUGCCUAAAUCCAAGAAAUUGAUUGUGACUUGAUUAAUAAAUUACUAGAGAGAAAAUAUGAAAUAAAAUAGCCGAUUAUUUUAUUAUUUUAUUUCAAGUAUGGUGCUAUAUAUUAAUAAAUCAAAUCGCCUUGGUUAUAAUAUUCUAAAAAUUACACUUAAUAUGAAUUCAUGCAAUUAGAUAUGAAAGAGUAUUCUGAAUAAUGCAUUGUUGGAAUUUUUGAGCAUAAUUAUCUUCCAUAUGGAAUCUACAUAAAUGAUAAAUUCGAAUAUCAUGCUGAACUAAUUCGUGAAAGCGGUCAACUUAUUGAAUACUUGGAAUAAACAAAAUAAUUUGAAUUCGCCCCAUUGCCCAAAUUUAACAAAUAUAGAAAAUUGUAGAAUAUGCUAACAAAUUACAUUUUCAUCCAAAGCAUAAAGGCGAUAGGUGUUGUAGCAUUAAUAAUUUUUGCAAUUUGGUUCAGAUUAUAAAUUUAUAAGGAUAAAGACAAGUCAGAAUGAUGAGAUUUUGUUCAUUAUUUAAUCAUGAUCUUUUAUUAAUUUUUAA